UGUUUUUGUUUUUUUUGGCAUCUGCUAAAAGUUUAGUGUAACUCUUUAAUGUAUGGAGGUAGCAGCAAUGGCGCAGCAGCAAGAGAAAGUUAGAGGACUUUACAUUAAAUCUGCUGGCGAUUCUACAGCACAAAAGGAUACAAAUUUGGAUAAAUCUGUUGAAAAGACUCGUAAAGAAAAUAAAGGAAAAUUAAAAGAAUACUUUGGUAAACCAAGAACAAAACGACCUACAAGAGAAGUAUAUCAGCCAGGAAUAACUCGUCUCAGUCGUCGUACAGAAAAUAAAGGAGAAGAAAGGUUCAAGAAGUCUACAUCUGGAACUGAUGGUUUCACAUCUGAUGAUGAGAGUUAUCGAGACAGUAAAGACAGCAGCAUGGAGAAGGAGAUUGACAGCAUUGCUGGUACUUUAAACACGUUCUAUGUACAUGGCUCAAACUCCUUACCCAGAAAAACCAGUCAACUUGCCUCUCAAGAUCCAAGGAAAACAUCAACAUUAACCUAUAAAAAACCUGAGAUUCCUAGGUAUAUUCCCCGUGCAAAGUUGAUUGAGCAGAGCAGUAAAAGUGACACUAAAACUGAUGUUGAACAGAAAGAAAUACUCUCUAGUUCUGGCUCUAACCGAAAAGUAGAUAUUAAACAUGAUUUAAACAAAAUGGUUGUAACUGUUUUAAAUGAUCAAUUAGAGGGUGGAGGUGGCGGUGGUGGUCAGUCACGUAGAAAUAACAGCCAGUUAUUAAACUUACAGUUUCACGAUAAGGCAGAUGGCCAUUACAGAGAAGAAGACUUUUAUCGAUCACCGAAACAUCGAGGGUCCCUUGAUUAUUCAAGAGAAAGUGAAGCUGAAGCUCCAAUCAGUCCUGGUGCCAGAAUGUGUCGCUAUAAAUUUGAAGGAAUGCGGAAGAGUAUUGAUUUUUCAAGAGACGAUGACUGUGAUUCUGUAAGUAGCCAGAGCCAACGACAAUCAAAACGGCGCUCUUAUACGAAAACGAAAUGUUAUACUUCUCAAUAUCGACGGCAACGUACUGGCAGUAUCAGCAGUGAAUUUAGUGCUGCUAGUGAUGCUAGCAUGGAAGAUGUCAAUGGAGGUCAGACUUUUGACUGGGAUGAGGAUGUUGAGCAUCAAAUGUCCAAGUCAGUGCAUGAAGAACUACGAGAAGGAACUCAGAAAAUUCAGCAAAUGACUGAAGACAUGCAGAACAUGGAUUACUUAGGGAAGCAGCCCAGAUGUGGUGUAGUGGAAAAUCGUCGUGUACGAACCGAGAGUUCAGGUAGUAAUUACAGUGAUCAGCUUUCGCAUGUGCGUAGCCGUAAACGAGAUCGGCGUAGAAGCUCCAGGCACUCGAAAACUGAAAGUAGAGACUCUAGUAUUCAAAGUAACCCAUCCAAAGAAUAUGAGCCUGAACGUCCUGGAGAAGGUUCUCGAAAGGGCAAAGGUCGUGGUAGAAGGAAGAAGACCACAUAUGAGUCUAGUAAAAACAAUGAACAAGAGAAUGACUUAAGAAAACUGGGUAUCAAAGUAACAUUUGGUAAAAGUGACCGUCAAGUUGAAGUCAACCAAGCUGCUAACGGUAAGUCAGGAGAGAACAAGAACUCUGAGAAAAGUUCUGCUCCUCGAGGUGGUGGUAUAAUACACUUACCACAUAAUGUAUCAACUGUGCCAGAUCAUCAGGGCCACUUUGGUCCUCAAUCUGACACAGUGCAGCCUUCCUUGGCGCCAAGGAACAUGCAGUCUCGGCCUAGAGAACAAGGGGGUGAGGCAAAAAAGAAACUCUUUGACCCCAAAAAUCCUAAAAAGCCCAUUAUUAUUAAGAAUUCUAUAUUAAAAUUUUACGAUACCUAUGAGCAUUCUGACUCUGUAGAUGCUUAUCCUCGAAACUUACCUGUCUUCUAUUCUGAUUCUAAUAAUCCUGAUGGUACCACUUACCGUGGUAGUCCAUCAAGUCCCCAUUCAGACCCCUAUAUUUCACGUUUCCACACACUACCUAAGGAAAUUGGACUUUCUUCUGAUGAUAUAUUUAACCAGGAUUCCUGCUACCAAAAGUCUAGUAGCAGGUAUCCAAGUGCAGGUCCUCCAAAGUUGCGGAAAUAUCAGUUUGAGACAAUGCCUCGAGAGUAUGGACAAGGCCUUGAAGUUUGUAAUCCACCACGAUCACGAGCUCAUUGUCGAACAAUGGCUGAACAGUUAUUUCAUGACAGCUUGCCACUUGAGGGACAAUUGAGCAAUAUGGUGUCGAGGGGCCUCCAACCAGAGUCCAUGAAUAAACUCAGUCAACUCAGAUUGGAUUUGCAAACCAAGUGUGAGCAGAUAAUUCUGUUGGAUUUAGAAGUAUCGAUUAAGCAAAAUGUUGAACAGCUGCUCUGGAAGUCAGUAUACUAUCAGCUGAUAGAAAUUUACCGUAAGCAGUUAUCAGAGGAGCCAUCAACCAGAAACAUUUCUACAGAAAGCAUUAAGGAGCAACUCUUUACUGUCCUUGAUGAGGGAACUUCCUUCUAUGAAGGUCUUUUAGAACAUUUGCAGACAACUUACAACUUCUCCUUGACACCAUUUCUUGACACCAAUGGCUCCCCUCCUGAAACCUGCAACAGAACAGUCAAACUUGCUUUACUCACUGCCCAAAGAAUUAUGAUAUGUCUUGGUGACAUAGCUCGAUAUCGAGAAUUGGCCAAUGAUUCUACAAACUAUGGUAGAGCACGAAGUUGGUACAUGAGGGCUCAACAACUUGCCCCUAAAAAUGGUCGACCUUACAAUCAACUUGCAAUCUUAGCUCUCUAUACAAAACGGAAGUUAGAUUCUGUUUAUUACUAUAUGCGUAGCCUUGCUGCCAGUAAUCCCUUUAUGACAGCACGGGAGAUCAUGGUUUUUGAUGAAUUCAGAAGACAAAAACUUUCUUCUGAGAAGAAACGAAUGGCUGAGAGAGAGAAAAUUGAAAAGUUGAAAAGUCAACAGCGGCAGCAGGGUCAGAGACGAGAAAUUUGGGUUGCUCCCGAUGGUACUAGUCAUGAAGAUAAACUGGAAGACUCAUACGAGGAGGAUCUAUCCAAAUUGCCACUGGAUAAACUAAAUCGAAGAUUUGUUCAAAGUUUUUUAAAUGUACAUGGUAAACUCUUUACUAAAAUAGGAAUGGAAACUUUCCAAGAGAUGUGUUCUCAAAUGUUACGCGAGUUCCAUACAUUAUUGCAGCAAGCACACCCUACUAUUACCAAUGUCCGUAUUCUUCAGCUAAUGGCCAUCAAUAUGUUUACUAUUGAGAAUACAACACUCAAAGGUGACCAUAAAGAUGAUGAGGACUGCCGUUUGUUACUUCAAGAAUAUGCAGUACAAUUAGGCCUUGAUAUGUUUGCUAUUUUAGUUGACCGAUGUGCUGAACUAUUGCAUAAUCAUUUGCAGUGUGAAAAUUCUGCUCGAGAGAUUUUGAGUUACACGCUAAGUCACUAUGUUCCAGCAGUAAAAGUUUGGACAGACUGGAUGAUUUGUCACUUACAGUUGUGGAUGCCUCAACACUGUGUAAAAAACUUUGAUCUCGGUGCUAACGUUGAUGUGUGGGAGGCGCUGGCUAAGCUAUGCAAUGUUCUCAAACAAGUAGAUAUCUCUCAUGUGCGACUUUAUAAGGACAAGCGUGAAAAUUGUGAACCUGUUAUUCUAAGUGAAGAUACAAUGUUGUGUGGGUUUGUACCAUUAUUGAGUGCUCCGUUCAACCCUACCUAUGUUCAUUCUACUGUUGAUAAGGACAUAGCUCGAGAUUGUCUUCGCAUUCAAAGCCUUCAGAUGUUUGGAGAUUAUUUGUGUGGUAUUGAAACCCCAAUGCUAUCUUUUGAUGUUGAAACUAAAUGUUACUCUUCAACAGAACCCAGUUUAUUAAUAGAUGAAGCAGAACUUGAAAUGAAUAUUGAACAAUAUGUUACAUCUGAGGAUGAGGCUGUAAUGGAAACAGAAGAGGAUGAUAUUACUGAUGGGGAAGAGAUGAAGAUGUUGAAAGCAAAGAAAGAAGAACUGAAAAAGAGAGUUGAAAAACAAAGCCGCCACCAACAGAAUAUCCAAGCUCUCUUACGCAAACAGAGAAACUGUUGUAUUGAGAUUGAAAUCCAGCCAGUAUACCUUAUACCAGAUACCAACUGCUUCAUUGAUCAUCUGCUUGGUUUACAGAAACUAAUUUUCAGUGAAAAUUACACUAUCUCUGUUCCACUAAUUGUAAUUAAUGAGUUGGAUGGCUUAGUCCGUGGUAACUUAGAAGGACAUUAUGAAUCAAUUGAACACAGUGACAUGGUGAAGGAAAAUGCAAGGUUGGCCAUGACAUUUCUUGAGCAGCAAUUUGAACAGAAAAACCCCCAUCUAAGAGCUCAAACAACUAAAGGCACCAUGCUUCAAACAAUUCUCUAUCGUAGUGAAGCUACUGACACUAAGGGAAACAAUGAUGACCUAAUUCUUACCUGUUGCCUUCACUAUUGCAAAGACACUACUAAAGAUUUCAUUCCAAAAGGGAAAGAUGAGCCUAACCGCAUUUACCGUGAUGUAGUCCUUCUCACCGAUGAUCGUAAUUUACGUCUGAAAGCCCACACUUACAAUGUUCCUGUGAAGGAUGUUCCCAGCUUCCUCAAGUGGUGUAAAGUAACAUGAAAUGUUCCUCUUCUGAAAUCAUUUCCUUGUUACCCUGUUUAUCGAAGUGACGAGGUUCCUAAUGCUUCAAGCUGAGCUGUGGUCCAAGCCAAACCCAUGACAAAAUGAGGAGACAUAGAAUAAAGACGAGGAGGAGAGAGUCAGUGCCAACAAACCCGUCACCCACUGGUUGUUGUAUAAGCUCUAUGACCAGACACUGACCACUACCAAUGUCGGCUUCUAUGCGAAGGCAGCUGAAAAUGCCAUACAAACGGUUUCUCCAUCAAAGAACUGCAUAUUGGCCAUUUAAGUUGACCAUCUAUUAAUGAGAUAUUGUUAAUUACAACAACUCAUUUUCACUCUAAAUCUAAUUUGGUAAAAUAGGUGCAUUGAUGAGGGAAUUUAUUAUUUUUUGUUUUUUUUUUAUAAUUAUUUAUUCAUCUAUUUUAAGAAAUUUUACUUUUUUUUUUUUUCAGUUUUCCCCCCAAAAUCUUCAUUCAUUAUCAUUGUGAAGGAAUUGCAGUUUCUCAUUUUUAUUUAUUUUUAGAAUAAUUAUUUCAUUAUUGCUUUCUAAUUGUCAUACAAAAAAAGAUCUAUAAUGCAUUGAUGUAUUUGUGAGACUUUGGUUUAUUUUAAUUACUAGCAUAAAGUAAUUUAUUAGGCUUCCUAUUUAAGCCAAUUUGGCAACUGUGGCAGUUUAUGUCAUUGUCAAGAAUGUACUCCGUAGACAUAUGGACCUAUUGACACACCCUGGUUGUUAAGUUGCUGUGUGUUACAGUUUGUCACUUAAUGGAAUGACUUACCAGGCAGCAUAAUGAACCUCUGCAUGUCCAUGACCUGUUGACUUAUGCCUUUGCACCAGUGGCUGUAUUUGAUGUAUGCCUUGUCAUCAAGUCAUUUUAUAAAACUAUUGAAGGAAUUUAAACCAAAUGUCCUGCCCUAGAGAAAACAAUCCCUAAGUAUUAUUAAUCAAAUAACAGAUCUCUAAAUUACUUAUGCACCAGAUAUACUAUGACCAGUCUUGGCAUUGGAUUUGUCUUUUACACGUCAAAAUCAUAACAGAAUGAUCUGACAAUAUUAAGAUUAAUCUUUAAACAGUGAGUAAUUAUGAAAUUCCUGUUAACCAAUUAAGUAAUAUUUUACCAAUGACAGGCUGAUGAAAUCUCAGGUAUUCUCUUACCAUUCUUUUAGUAUUUCAUAUGAAAUACUUCUGUUAACAGCAAAAAUGGUCAGGCGGCUUGACUUACAAUCAGCUGUUCUCAGAUGCAAUCACACUUUUAAAUCGUCUUCAAUCACUUGUUCUAAAUUUUAUUUCUGAUCUUCUGUGAAUCAUAAUUUUGGAUUUUAGUAGCAUCUUUAUUGCUCUACAUCCAAAAUCUAAUACAUCUGGUUGCAUUAAACCAAAUAUUGAUUUAUGGUAAAUUCCAGUAUUGCAUUAUAAUGAUAAUAAAAACACAGUGGCUGUAGGGCUACAGUGCUAGACUACCAGUCACCAGUUCAACAGAUCAAAUCCUGAUACAGCUGUUAUAUUAUCCUUUGUCACUAAACUAAAAAAACACGACACAUGCUACUCCUAUUUAUGGUUGAAAUUUAAGAUUAGAAAUGUCAUUGAAUUGUUUAAAAAGAAAUUGAACAAAGUCAUCCAAUAUUGCUAGCUGCAUGGAAAGGACAGAAAAACGAAUCCUUUAAAAAAUUGUAAAAUUCACUUUAUAAUCAUAAUUUUAAUUAAUGGCACACCUCCACAUAAAUAAUUGGAGGUGUACACUGAAUUGUUUCUUCAUUUCUCUUCCUAAACCACUCUUUCUUGAAUGUUUAGCAUUUUUUUAUCUCUCACUGUUAUAAUAUCCUGACACCCUCCAUUGAAAACAAAUAGUGACAUCAAUGAUAUUCUGUUUUUAACCUUAAAUAUAAAUCCUUUUUGAAACAAAGAAGAAUUGGUUCUUUAGAACUGUGAGAUUCUUUUUUUUUUUUAAUUUCUCUUGUUAAACUCUUGGCAAAUAUAAAGAAUCAAAAACAAAAGCAUUAUAUAUAUAAUAUAUAUUUCUCACCUGUCUACCCAUGCCUACCUGGACAAUGAUAAGAACUAUGAAAUACUUUCAAAAAUGUUUUCAUUUUAAUAUGUACAGGAAUGCUUGAUAAAGAAUAUUUCUCAGCGAUAUGAUUUAGAAAUAUUACCAAAGUUAUGUAAUAGUAUUGCUGAGAAAAAAAUCAAACCAAUGCUUAUUCAAGCUAUCCUCUGAAUGGACCCAUUCUAAUCCACUUUGGCUGCCACUGGUUCUCUUUGGGGUUUUUUGUAGUCUUUAGCCCAAAUAUUUUAACAUUGUUAGCACUUGUAACAGGGUGAAUGAAAUCAAGAAAAUAAAUUAACUGUAAGAUGUUGGUUAUUAAGUGCAGUCUAUCCAGUUACACAAUUUGAACGUACGUUAAUUCCGUUUGAAAGUAUUCAAUAAUGAAUGCACUGCAUUCUCUUGUUUUUGUCAUGUAGGUUCUUUAUGUUUGCCAAACCUUCUUUUUUUACAACUGCCAUUAUGAGCUUCUGUUGUUUCAGUUUUAUAAAAUGUUAAAGUUUAAUGGAUUAUUAAAAGAAAAUAUUAUAAUAAGAACAUGUGUAAACAAAACAGAGAAAAUAGGGCGAGAAGAUGUUGAAGCUGAAGUAAAUUAUAUUAGUAUAAUUAAAAUGAUCUCAUCUACAUGACAUAGAUAUGUAAGUUUAUGUAACUUAAUAAAUGGUGCAGUGGCAGUAGGUUGAUAGUAAAGGGAAAUUGGUUUAAUUUCCAUGUUGCCCAUAGUAUUUCUUAUUCAAUCAUGUUUGUUUACACAUGUUCACGUUUAAUAUUUACAAAUAAAAAUCAUUGAAAAAUCUUGGCUCAUUUACAUAUGCAUUUUGAGGAUAAAAAUAUUUUAAUAUGACACUGUUGAAAAUUAAAAUAUCUAAUUUUAGAUUAUAAUUUUGAAAAGAGAAAAAAAUCCUUUUAAUAAAAAGAACAAAACAUUUUUCUACAAUUGGUGUGCCUGCCUUAAAUCCAAAAUUUAUACAAACCUGACAUUUAUGUAUAGGAAUAAGCAUACAAAAUAUUUGCGCACACACACACACACACACACACACACACACACACACACACACACACUUAAAUAUUAGUUUAUGGAUCUUUAUAUAUUCAAACACUGUUGCUGUAAUUUGUCCAAUUCCGAUCUAAUCUCAGGCUUUCCUAUUUCUUUUAUUUUCUUCUGUGUUCUUUUUGAGUUAUCUGAAAAUUGAUAGACUUUAAAGCAAGGGAGGGGUGGGGAUCAAAGAGAAAUGUUUAUUAUCAUUUAAAUGGGUUUGCUUAUUUAAAACCUAAACAGCCAAAAGAAGACAGCAGACAAAUACUAUGUGACUCUGGUGUAGACCAGUUGCCACUCAACGCACACUAAUAUGCUAUACAGGGAACUACAUGAAAAAGAAGAGAUAGAUCUAUUUUCUAGUCUUAUAAUAAUAAUAAUUUGUUUUUAAAUAAAUUUGUUAGGUUUGUCUUUAACAGAAAUAGUUACAUUUCAACACAUCCAAAGAAGCUGUGUGAGAUAUAAUCUUAACAUAUUGUUGAUGGAAUUUUUGUUGUUUUAAAUUGAUUUUCAUUGUCAGUGAUAGCAUGUUGCCUUCAUUUUUUAUUGGCAAUCUUCUCUUUCCUUGCUAUAUCUCAGGCAUAUUGCCUAAGUAUCAUUAUUAUUUUUAUUGUAAUUAUUAUUGUUAGGGGUUAAAGUAAAUGGAUCCUCUGUGGUGUACUGGGCAGAAACAGAGCACCACACUAAAUGGCUUACAUUAUUUAUUCUAAUUCUCUAUCUUCAAUUUCAAAUCUUGCCAGGGUCUAUUGUUACCUGUGAUCCUUCUGGAAUUAACAGAAUAAUUACCAUUCAAAUAUUGGGUAGAUUUCACUUUUCCUCCCUCCAAAAUUGUGGCCUUCUGCUAAAGUUGAAAUAAUUAUCUUAUAUGACAAUAGGCCCCUUACUCCCGAUUCUUUUGUUCAUUAAUGCUACAGGCAUUGUAAUGUGUCCUUGAUAUAGAAACUUCUCUCCUAUCCUUUAUCAUAGGUUAAAAAAAAAACAAAAAAACUUUGAAAUCAAGAAUUAAUGUUUGUUCAUCAAUUUGUCUCAGAUACUCAAAUGUAUUUUUGUUUCAGCUCUAAAAUUCCAUUCAUGUUUAAGAAAUCCUUAGUAACAUUAAGCAGAUGGCCAUAGAUGCCCUAUGCUAUGUAAUCUGGUGCUUCACUGUUCUGUAUUCAAAUUCCAUGUGGAUUUCAUCUUGCAUUUCACCCAUCUGGAAAUCAAUAAAAACAUUAACCUCUAUGAACUCUCCAGUUAUAAGCAAGAUCACUUGUUCUACGAUAUCAAACCUAUUACCUCACCAUUCUAUGUAAUGGUACGACUUUAACCAGAAGGAAGUACAAUCAGUAAACACAGUAUUAUAACACAGCAUAUUCAGAUAAGUAAAUAACUUAGUACUAAACCAUACUUUUCAAUUUUCCUGCAUCCUAUUUUCAUCACUCUCUUUAUACAGUUUGAAUAAAAAGAUGUUCAUCCAUUUUCAUCAAUAUUAAGUUGUAAAAACUUCAUAGUUGUGGAUUGAGCUCUUGUUAAUGGCUGUAGAAAAUUCCAAGUCAUUUAUAGAAAAUAUAUUUGGGUUUAUUUAGUAUGUGAGCAAUUUUGAAAAAUUACAUCUUAGCCUUGUUAAAUGGUGAAUAUUAUUUUGAUUUAAAAAUCCCUGUCUCUAUCAUCUGUUGAUCAAAGUAAUUAGUGUGUGCAUUCAUUAAAUUUUUCAACUGCUAGAUUAUUGAAAAAUGUUUUCAAUUGAGUCUGAGUUAAUUGUUUCUAGAUAACUUAGAUAAAUUUUAUGUUUAAAAUAUUACUGUUUAGAACCUUUACUUAAAAAGAUGCAACUUUUAUGAUUUUGAAAACUUUUUUUAUAUUUUUAAUUAAUACUGCUUUGUAAUUGCUUCUUAAAGAAAGUUGAUCAGUGACUUAGUGCCUAAAGUAUAGUCACAAAUUCCUAGUUCUUUUUAUCACUAACUUUUAUGUACAGUUUGUGUGAGCCUCAAAAAUGUCUACCUCUAUGUGUAUGUGAGAGAGAGAGAGAGAGAGAGAGAGAAACAGACAGAGUGUGUGUGUGUGUGUCUUACAUUUUUUUUUUUUUCUAAUCCCCAAAGUAUCUCCAACUUGUGGCCUGCAGACAAUAUAUGCGUGUGGAGGUAUAUUUAUGCUGUCCUUAAAAUAUUUAUAAUUGCAAUAACAUUGACAUGUUGUUGCCUACAUUUAUACUCUAUUCGGAGUAUGUCUGCGAUGUUAAACUUGGGUACCUUAGAUGCUUUCAAAAGUACUCAGCAUUUAUUAUUAUUAUUCUUUAUUCCAUAUUUUAAAUGUCCAUUGAAUUUUUUUCUUCUUCCUCAUUUCAUCAGUUUACUUACUUGUAAAAUUCACUCAGAAUUUGCAUUUUUUAAAAGUAAGUUUAUUAAAUUCUGUAUUGCUGUAUGUUUGGCUAUAACCCUCCUUUUAAACAUUACCUAAUUCUGAAAACACACACACACACACAUAUAUAUACAACCUGCUGUUGUAACAGAGUAUUGAUUCCAAUAGGUUAAAUAAUGCUGUGAAAAUUGAAACUUCUUGAGAUAUUUAAUUUAUUUAGUUAUUGCAGUCUCUCGGAGGUGAAAGAAGCUGUUUUAUUAUUGCUUUUUGGGCAGGGGGUAGGGCUUGUCUCAUUUGUUGAAAUAGAGGUUUGCAAAUCAAGCCCCUAAUUAAAAGGUGUAACAAAAGGUGUAAUGCCAAAAUGCCUUUUUAUCUAUAACUGCCAAGUAUUUUCUAUUCAGAAGCUUGCUCGAAUUAACUAGAGUUAAUUUUUUAUUCGCUUUCUAUGAAAAUUUGCUGUGCUAUUGUAUGUUGAAGCACUAUCUUCUCUGACUCUUGCAUACAGACACUUCAAGAAUCCAAUACUAUGCCCCCCAGCCUUUAAAUGUCAUAUAAGCCCAUACUGUCCCUUCUGGUGAGUCUGUUGAACUGCCAUUAUCUCAAAGCACUAAUUUACCAAACUGCCAUGUUUUUAUUUAUUUAAUAUUUUGAGUUUUUUGGGGUCUUUUUUUUUCUUUAAUGCCAAAAUAUAAUUCCUUCCAUAAAUGUUUUUUUUUUCUUUUUGAAGCAAAAAUUCUAACAUGGCUAUGAUCUCUGUACUUAUGAAGAAUUAUUCAUGCACACACACACACAUGCACAAACAAACAUACUCUUACAUACACACAUACACAUGUGCAUGUGUACAAUGAAGUUGCUUGCAUAUAAAGAAGGCAAUUUGAUAAAUUGCCAACCUCAGUUAGAAUUAUUUACAAUCAGAAGUUGAUUGGAAUUAUAUGCUAAUUUCGUGUAAUGCCAUAAACAUGACAAAGAUUUUUAAAAAAUGGGUUUGCUUUUAAAACCCUUUUUAAAACUUGCUUCACAGAUGAUGAUUGUUUCCAUAGUUACUGUGUCAUCACAGUAAUAGGUUAGUUUCUACAAACAAUGGCAUCAUUAUAUAAGAUAGGCAUUUACUAACUUGAUUCCUUACUAAAGAGCUGGUCUCUUUUAUAAUAAUAAUGAUGAUGACGACUAUCUACCAAGUUUUAUUCCUUUCUACUCUUGUGCUAUUGAACUAUGAAAUGAUAAUAGUGUGAUUUUGAUGAGUUAAUUACUAUAGGUUUACAUUAAUUAGCUUUUGAUUUCUAUUGAUUGAUUCCAGCUAGACUCAGACAAUUCUUUGAUAUUUCUAUCACACAUUUCCCCCCCCCCCUUUAUGAAUUUAUAUAUUUUUUUUUUAAUUUGUGAUUUGAUUAAAAAAGUAAUAAAAAAAAUGUAAUGUUUUC